AGAGGAAUCCCGGUGGGUCAAUACCUAAGGUUAAGAAGGAACUGUUCAUCCACUGAGGACUUCAAACAUAAAGCCACUGAAUUAAGACAGAGAUUUAAACAGAGAGGAUAUCCGAUUAGAUGUCUAAAACAGGCCUACCAGAGGGCUUUAAACUGUAACCGUGGGGAAUUGUUACAAGAUAAACCCAUCUUUGAGUCAAAAAAACUCAUUAGAUGUAUAGCCAACUACGAUGCGGGUUGGACCAAAAUGAGACACGUGAUUGGCCGCUUUUGGCCAUUACUCACACAAGACCUCCACCUUAAAGACAUAAUCCCACCGAAAGUAUCCAUUACAGCCAGGAGAGGCAGGAAUAUGAAAGAAAUACUCGUACCUAGCCACUUCUCUGGCCUUAAAAAAUCUAAUACCACCUGGAUGAACAUACAGGGCACAUACCAAUGUGGGCGUUGUGUCGCAUGUAUGUACAUAGCCAAAGGUUCCAAAACUCUUACGAAUUCUACUGACUCUGACACAAUUAAUGUAAGACAGUUUUUUAACUGCAAUACCACAGGAAUCGUCUACUUACUGACAUGCAAAUGCGGCUUAAAAUAUGUAGGCAAAACUAUACGCCCAUUUAAGAAACGCAUCAUGGAACAUGUCCACUCU